AUGCUCAGCAAGCGUCAAGUGCGCAGCGCAGGUCUACGCAACGGGCCAGGGGAGGGUCCAAGCAGCAUCGGACGAGGAAGAAGCAGCAGCUGGCCUCGUCUGCGGCAAGAGGUGCUACCUACGGAGAUUCCCUCCUCGCACGAAGAGGACAUUUCAGCUCGAGGUGGUGAUGCGGGUAGCAUGCAGUACUCGCCACCGCCGAGGCCGCGGAAGGCCCGCCGUCACACUGAUGGUGUGCUGGGCUCCAAGGCUAGUAUGCAGGUAGCGGAGCAGCAUCCCUUAGCGCCCGAAGGCAAAGAUGAAGCUAUAAUGAGUGGGAUAUACCUACCUGGUAGGCCGGACAUACUCCACAAUAUUGAUGUAAUGCCGGACCGGGAAAAUGGAUAUUUAUCCGGGUAUGUCUCAGGUUAUGAGUCUGAAGAUGAUGGCGAAGUUUUUAGCGUUACAGGGUUUAGGAACCUCGGUGGAGCGGCGGGGAAGAUCGUAGAGGAAGUCCAGGAGGCUACUGCUCUGUUACACGCGUGCGCAUAUGACACCGACAACCACAAGUUUGCUAAGCUUGACCACUAA